AUGGCGCAGGACACCUCCUCUGGGGAGCAUCCCAAUGAACAGCACCCUACGUCAUCCGUCCCACAGGGAGCUUCGUCCUCGACGGCCCCUCUGACCCCGCCACAGAGCCCGCCUGCUGUGGUACAGCAGCAGCAGCAGCAGCAGCAAGACAACGCCUCGGCCUCGAGGGUGUCACUGAGCACUACACGAUCGGCGCGCUCGCACAGCAAGGCCUACAUGGACUCGCUUGUGCCCCCGUCGAACGAGGAGUUCGCGCGCAUCUCCAACGUGCAAGCCGACCGGGAGACGCAGCAGAAGCGGCGCUCGCGCGACCUCCAGCGCGAGCCCAAGUCUGCAGAUCUCCCGCGCCCCGACGAGCGGCCCAAGUCCUCCCACAGCCGCGGCGGCAGCCAUGGCCGUCGCUUCGGCCUGUUCGGACAGGGCUCCGGCCCCGGCCCCGGCUCCGGCGCGGACGACGCGCAGCGCGCCAAGGCCGCCGCGGUUAUCCAGCGCACGUACAGAGGCUAUCGCACCCGCCGGGAGAUGAAGGGCCUCGGCCUCAACGCCUCGACCCGCUGGGUGCAGGCUGUCCGGGAGGCGCAGUUUAGGGAGCUGACGAGGCCGAGGGCGCGUCCGGGCGUCGGCGAUGAUGCCGUCGCGGCGGGCGAGAGGGCACACACGGUCCUGGACCAGCCGCCGGACGAGAACGCUGCGAGUCGCACGUCGACGGCGAGGCACAACUGGAAGAAAGCCGCGACCAUUGCGCGGCGCGCUGGUGGCGACGUGGAUGCUGAUGAUGACGAGUCUUCCUCGAGUUCGUCUUCAUCGUCGUCGGACUCGUCAUCUGGAGACUCCGCUUCGUCCGAGCAGAGGGAGGCUGCGCGAAAGCGAAGAGAGGAGGCGAAAGCUGCGCGCCGCAAGACUGCGAAGAUGAUGGGCUUGCAGUACUUCUUGGAGAUGGUCGAUCUUAAACAUAGAUACGGAUCGAACUUAAGGAUGUACCACGAGGAGUGGCAGAAGGCCGAUACAAACGAGAAUUUUUUUUACUGGCUUGACUAUGGCGAAGGGAGAAAUAUCGAUCUCGCUGCUUGUCCUCGCGAGCGCCUAGAUAGGGAACAGGUCCGAUAUCUAUCGAGAGAUGAGCGGCAAUACUACCUCGUACAAGUCGAUGCGGAGGGCAGGCUUAUCUGGGCGAAGAAUAAGGCGAGGAUAGAUACCACCGAGAAGUGGAAGGAUAGCAUCCAUGGUAUUGUCCCAGCAGACGACCCGACGCCGGCCUUCCAACCAGUAUCCGGGAACGAAACUCGACUGCUUGGAGACUCUAGUAGCGGGGAGAGCUCUGACUCUGAGGUUUCGGAAUCUGAACUGGAGGCGGCGCAGGCUGCCAAGUAUGCGACCGACUUUGAUAACGCGAAAGGCGUGAAGAAGGUCACACAUAUGUCUGCCAGUACCAUCUUCAACAAGCUCUUGCGCAAGUCAGUCCGCAAGAACACCUGGAUCUUCGUCGCCGACACGAGCUUCCGGCUUUAUGUGGGUAUCAAGAAUUCUGGCGCUUUCCAGCACUCGUCCUUCCUCCAGGGUUCUCGCAUCUCCGCCGCGGGACUGAUCAAAAUCAAGAACGGGCGUUUAACCUCACUGAGUCCGCUGAGCGGACAUUACCGCCCGCCAGCGUCCAACUUUCGCGCAUUCGUGAAGUCUCUCAAGGAAGAAGGCGUCGACAUGAAGCACGUGUCCAUAUCCAAGUCUUAUGCGGUCUUGGUUGGGCUCGAAGCAUACAUCAAGACGCAGCAGAAGGGAAAGAGCUUCAUCAAGAAGAUUACGCACCGUCGCGACAAGCUCGUCAAGCCGGAAGAGGUCGCCCGGCGCGAGGAGGACGAAAAGGACAAGUCGCAGAGCGCAGCUAAGGAAAGGGAGUUCCUGGAGCAGCAGAGGAAAGAGGAGGAGAAAGAGCGCGAGGAGAACAGAGCGACUGUUCAGUUAAUGCAAAAGAUGCGAAUAUCGCCAAGGGUACCGGCAGGUCAAAAAGGAGAUAGUAAUAGGGAAGAACCGGACGCUGAUUUGGCUGCAGUAGACACGAACACACGCUUAGAAAAGUAG